AGGUCAGCCUGGGGUCAGGGGACGUCGGAGGAUCGCCGCGGGCGGGGCGGGGCCUCGGGGGCCCGGGGAGGUCUGGAGUCGCGCGCGUGUACCCCACCCGGGCUGUGCAUGGGGCUCGCCAGGCUGCGGGCGGCGGCCGGGGCCCUGCAGAGAGCCUGCGGAGCGUGGACGCCGCGCCUGGGACAGCGCCUCCUCGGUUGGCCCCCCAUGGCCGAGAAGGCAGAGACCCCGGUGCCCAUGGGGACCAGGCAGGAGCAGGACAGGAAGGCCCGUAGCGGCUGGCAGGGCGGGGGCAGGGCAUGGGAGGACACGGAGCAGCCGGCAAAAAAGCUCAAAAGCGGAGCGGACGGGGAGCCGCCCAGGAAACUGCCCAAGCGCAAGAUCGUGAUGCUCCUGGCCUAUUCUGGGAAGGGCUACCACGGCAUGCAGAGGAACGUGGGGUCCUCGCAGUUCAAGACCAUCGAAGACGACCUGGUGUCUGCGCUGGUGCGGUCGGGCUGUAUUCCGGAGAACCACGGUGAGGACAUGAGGAAGAUGUCCUUCCAGCGGUGCGCCCGCACAGACAAGGGCGUUUCCGCAGCCGGCCAGGUCGUCUCCCUGAAGGUGUGGCUGAUUGACGACAUCUUAGAGAAGAUCAACAGCCACCUCCCGUCCCACAUUCGGAUUUUGGGACUGAAGCGUGUUACAGGCGGCUUUAACUCCAAGAACAGGUGUGACGCCAGGACGUAUGUGUACAUGCUGCCCACAUUCGCCUUCGCGCACAAGGACCGCGACGUGCAGGACGAGACGUACCGGCUGAGCCCGGAGACGCUGCGGCAGGUGAACCGGCUGCUGGCCUGCUACAAGGGCACCCACAACUUCCACAACUUCACCUCGCAGAAGGGGCCCCGGGAGCCCAGCGCGCAGCGCUACGUCCUGGACAUGUUCUGCGAGGAGCCCUUUGAGCGGGACGGCAUGGAGUUUGCGGUCAUCAAGGUGAAGGGGCAGAGCUUCAUGACGCACCAGAUCCGGAAGAUGGUGGGCCUGGUGGUGGCCAUCGUCAAGGGCUACGCCCCUGAGGAUGUGCUGGAGCGCAGCUGGGGCGAGGCCAAGGUGGACGUGCCCAAGGCGCCGGGGCUCGGCCUCGUCCUGGAGCGUGUGCACUUCGAGACGUACAACCGGCGCUUUGGCUGCGACGGGCUGCACGAGCCGCUGGACUGGGCGCGGGAGGAGGCGGAGGCCGCGGCCUUCAAGGAGCAGCACAUCUACCCCACGAUCACCAGCACCGAGCGCCAUGAGAGGUCCAUGGCCCAGUGGCUGAGCACCUUGCCCUCACACGACUUCAGCGCCACUGUCCACGCAGCAGCCAGCCCCGCUGCCAAGGUCCCCAGCCCCCAGGAAGGCAGUGAAGGGGAUGGAGACAGUGACUGAGGCGGGGGGCCACCCGUGGAGACGCGUGCGCCAGGAGCUGCUGCUGCUGCACUCGGCCGCAUCCCUCGCCGAGAUGUGGCCUCGUCACCUCAGGACCUUGAGACCCACAUCGUGCCACAGAUGUUUCAGCUCAGCAUGAACUCUGUCCAACUCAGCCUGUCAAGAUACUAUUUUUUUAGAGAAAUGAUUUUCUUACUAAAUGAAUACAAACUUUGCUUAGCCAUUCCA